GUGUCUUUCAAAAUGGCGCCUGGGUGAAGUUGUUGAUACUUUCCGCGGUGGUUGUCAAUGUCAAAAUCUAAUAAUGUAGCUUACUUUUUCUUGCUUGGAUGAGUGGAAGAGAUCUUAGGAAGUUCGUGAACUUCCACAGAACUGCAAUCGGAGCCUCAGGUAUGAAUAAUUAGAUUGUAAAUUCAGUUAGUCAGUAGAGAACUAUAGAAAAAUCUUCACUUUCAACGCACUCAUUCAAUAGCUUUAUUCAGGUGACAUAAAUAAUUUGUCCUGGUUUCUUGCAAGAUCGACCUAUUGAGCUUAAUGUGUAUUCUGAUUCGACAAAAGUCAAGGGCAGUGACAUGGGGUUUUUUAUAAAUAUUCUUUUUUGUUGCUUAAUUGAAGAGAGUUGAUUAUGCAUGGUUCAAUUUGACCUGUUACCAUGGCCCCCCGGGCAUUUGCAAUUUUUUUCUUUCCUGGUGAUUUACCCCCAACCCCGGGCAUGCAGAUUGGGACAUUCUGGUAACACAUCAAAUUGAAUCAUGUAUUACACUGUCGGCUGGUGGUAUAGUAUAUAAUGCCUUCUCAGGUUAAACCCAUUACAACUUCAUGCCGAUUUAAGUGUGUACCCCAAAUGUUGGGGUCAUCAAGUAUUCAUAUAUUCAGACUAUUGUUCUUGCCAUUGUCGAUUACCUUCUGAAGAAUCCACGAGCGGAAUUCCUUUGAUUUAGGUUGAUUGACUUUUUAUCCCCAUUGUUACUUGAUGAGUAUUAAAUUUAUCCAUUAAAAUACUCGGACUUGCCUGUUAAAUUUGCUGCAGUCUGUGGGAAUGCUUACAAGUCUUUUAAGCGUGGCGGACAACUCUGGUUGCAUAACAUAUUUUCGGUCACGCACCGUAUUACAAAGGAAACAAGCCUGAUAAAUUUGAAGUUGAUUAAAGCUUAUAAAUACCUGGUCUCCUAUAGUAUUUUUUUAUUAAAUACUCCCUUGCAUGAAAAUAAUUUGGCGUUUAAAGAAUUGCUGCAGAAGGUAUUUGUUGGAACUUUUUAUUCAUUCAGUAUUAUCAAAACCUGUGCUCUGCAAUCAAGAGUGAACAACUCUCUUCAAAAUGUAAACAACGCAAGCGGUGAAUGCAUUUAACGGGAUGACACAGAUUUAUUAGAGUGUAAUUUCACUUUUUUGGACGUUUUCGCUUGCCUUUCAGUUUUUCUUGUUGAACAAAACCUUGCGUUUCAGUUACGUGACUGCUGGGCCCGAAAUAACUGUGUAUUGUCAGUUCACUGAUUUGCAUAACAACUUGAUUCACGGAGUAGUCAAGUGAGACAGGAAAUAUCUAAAGUCAAAACAAGAGCUGUAAUCAACAGAUCAAAACUUGCGGAGUUCAUAAUUCCGUGAAAUAAUUUUGUAGAAACGCUUGUAUAGUUUGAGUGCUCUGGAGAAAUGAAUAACUGUUAUGAUUGAAUGAAUGGAUAACUCUCGGCCGGUUUUUAUUAAGUCAUAGGCGAGAAAAAGUGCUUUGGCAGCUUGCUUUGUACUUCGAAACCUCGGCAAGAAAAAAAUCCAAUCUCGGUCCACAGUGGUCGAAAUUUCUUCUUUUUGAAGCUCUCAAAACUCUCCUUUUUGAAAAAUAUGUAUCCAAGUCGAAGAAGUUUUGCAAAAGACUUAAAUCCAUAAACUUUUAACGCAAUAAGGAAAAUAUUAAGGCAUUGUUCAAUUCCUUUGAAUUCGCUUCUGAGUCUUCCGCCAUAAAAUCUCACCUUAUUUGAAGUGAGUCAAAACAAGCACUCUCGAAGGGAAAGUCCGGAGGAACAAAUUGAGCCUUCAGGGUACAAAAUCCAGCGGUUAUGCCCAUUUCUGAAAUACACAUUUAAAUCGGUGUGAAGUUGUAAUGCAGUAUUCAACUUUGGUUACUAGGGUUGGAACCCUGGAAAAAUGCUUACUCCAAUAAUAUUAAAAUAAUACCCUAGAACAGGAAGCCCUCUUUGGACACGCACUUGAUAUGGACAUCUGUAUACAAUAGACAGUUUCAUUUGUCUUGACGAAAAGCUUCUAUAUUUUGUUUAAAAUUAACCCACUUAAUAUGGACACUGGUUAAUACAGACAAUGGAUACUUUUCUGUGUCCCAUGUGACAAACUCUCAUAUAUCCUCAACCUUGCUUUUAAUACAGACACUGGUUACCUGCACACUAACCUGAGAUCAGGCUCUAUUUUCGUUUCACUUUGAAAAUUACAUUCCGGGGGGCAAGGUGAAACAAAAAGAGAGCCUGAUACAAACCUUCUACAAAACGUCUGCCGCCCACUUUUUUUAUUGAUUGACAUUUGCCGAAUCAGCCAACCAAAAUUACUUCCGUUGCUUGUUUUUCUAGCAUGCAAAUUUUUCACGCGUGGGAAAAAUGCAGACUGGCUGACUUAAAAAAUAGCUUUUGUCUGUUAAUUUUUUCAGCUAAAAAUAAAACAGUCAGCACAAUCACAUUUAAUUCCUUGCGAGAUUAAGGGAGAUCUCGAAGGUUAUUUCUGUUGGCGUAAUAGUCAGGAGGCAGCUCGCCAAAAAACGAUUUUCGCUAAACAUUUUGAGUAGAAGCAGGCAACAUAGCUUAAAAUCUUUUGAGUAGAAGCAGGCAACAUAGCUUAAAGUCUUGCCAUCCUGAUUAAGAAUUGGGCUGUUGCCCACUCCAAAUGUUAUGAUAUCUGUCAUUAAGCGGGUUUUUUGUCUAGGCCCUCGCUCCUGCAGCAUGAAAACGAGGCUGAACUGUAACAUUUAUAUAAACCCAAUAAAAAGUGCACAAUACGAUGGGGAAAUAGCUGCAUAUUUGCUACUUGACGUUUAGAACUCGAUAGACAGUAGUGUGGGAGCUAAAAUGUGUCAUGUGAUCAGUUAUGAAGAGUCACGUGACUUUCCAAAAAAAUCGAUUUUAAAGUAUAAAAGAUGCUCUAUUCACACUCUCCUUUAAUAUAGUUUUCAACUUACUGACGUUUCUCAUUUCGAUUUACACAUCCAACGAUAAAAACACAAAAAUGCAAUAGGUGAUCUGCUAUGAUGGGUCACGUGGUGUAAUGAAAUCAUUCUAUUUUCAGUCAUUCUAUAGCGUUUCCAACCUAUGUAAAAUUUCCCAUGAGUUAGGAUUUUUUAUGUAAAAAGACUGAACUUUCUUCUACUUGGCCGCACGGUUUAAGCCAGAAAUACAAGCUUAUAAACCAUAAGCAAAGUAUCUUAUAUUACACAAGACCAGCAUGUGACUCCCACCUUAUCAAAGUUAUAGGUCAUGCUUCAUUCGCCUCUGCGACAGUGUUCCUGUCGUUUCUGCACCUUUCGCCACAUUUACAUGCCUUGGAACUGCAAAGAGAUAGUUGAACGCAAGUGCAGCGUCGGUUUACACAGCAUCCACCUUCUCGGGAGCACCCACAGUAUGCUAACUGUAAACACGCCGCUGACACUUCUCGCGUCAUUAACUUUGGCUUCAGAAGGCCUUCACUGUAGUACCAUCCGCUGUCUUCAGGCUUUGGGAGAGAAGGACAUGGUUCCAGCACUUUAUUCCAUACCAUGGUCUGAUAGUUUGCCCGCUUUAUGUGGAGAAUCAGUGCAUCUUGAGUCGGAGGUAGGGCGUCGAGAUCUUUCCUGGAUUUGCGAAACGCUGCUGCUCUUUCUUUGUUGAUUUCCACCUCUGGUGUUCCCGGAUUGUAGAGUUUGCAUACAAAGGCUUCAGCUUUGGCAAGAACGUCAGCACUGAUUUGGCUUUCUUCUCCAUGGUGUUCCAAGAGGUCAGGUGCAUCUUCGAAGACUUUCCAUGCCGAUGCCUUAGCUUGCCCACACAAUAGAACUGGCUUGUCGUAUCACAGCCAGUAACGGCAUGAAAUGCCAGAAGCGACCUCCUCUUCUCCUCGGAGAGCGGGAUUCUGUGAACUGGUAUGUAACGCCUUUGUCUUGAAGUACCCGCAAACAUCCAUAUCUAUUGACAAAGCUGCUCUCGGUGUGCCAAAAGGAGGACAAGAACGUCCGUAUCACGACACAAAAUGUUGACUUGCUUGUACCCUCUUGCUGCUGCGUCUCGGGCAUGCAGUACUAUUCUAGUAUCUGCCUCCUCAUGAUCUGAUGCGAGCUCUCUUAUAUCUUGUCGUAACGUGUUAGAUGACCACACCUUCAGUGUAUCCUUGAAGCCUCCAUUGAUCACCAGCUCUCGCCCAGGAGGCGCGCUAUAACUCUCCGAGAUUUCAGUCGAGAGGAAAUGAGCUAGCCUAGCCUUGUUAUCUUCUAGAAUGAUGAACCUUUCCCAGUUUCCAAUUCUAUGAUCUCUGUUAUCCACAUUGCGCCUAAUCCCUGUGCUCUUUUUCUCCUUGCGCUUGUCUCUGGUUCCUCCUUUUAUUGAGUUCUUGGCAUAUCUGUCAAAUAGCACGUCAGCCCUUGUACAACUGUCCGGAAAAUGGGAAGUGACAUGACGAAGAAAUCGGUCACUCUACUCCCCAAAGGUUUUUACUCCUGAAGAGUUGGCGAGGGGCUGAACAGCUGCCAUUCCAUCAAUAAUAGUACAUGUUUGACUCCUGCUGAUGGGCAUUUGGCUCUUACAGACAUUUCCUUGUAAAAUGGUACCAAGAUCCGACUUCCAUGCUUCUCGUAGACUCCCGUCAAGGGUAGCAAGUGAGUUUGGGACUGGAGCAAGCUCGCUUUGAAGCAACGUGUUCACAUCUACAUCACGACCGGAUUCCAAGGAUACUAUCACUCUUCUCAAGAGAUCUUUGUCUGCUUUCAUGGCGAUGGUCUUGCUCUUAUCAACUGACACUGGUACAGUGUAAAGUGUCUCAAAGGUUUUCACCUUCUGUUGCUUUAGAGUGUCAUGGAACUUUAUUUCUUUCUUGAUUAGCCUGGUUUCAACGCAUUUCGGAGAACGAAGAGAGAUACAGAUCCCACUUCCCUUCCCGGAUCACACGCGAAAACCUCAGUAAGAUGGACACCAGUUUCAUGUAUUGUCUCCAGUAAGAGAAUGAGGGGUUGUCAUGAUGUGUGGCAUCAAAAGCUUUGAUGAUAUGUGCAGCUUGUCCAACUUCAUUAACAAGCUCACUGCUAGUCAGGGCAUCUACUAAUGCAUCAUCGUCGUUCCCAGUCGUAAACUUAGUGGCCAAUGUUUCCGACAGAUUGAAGUGCAUAUUAACCCCAUGAAACAUAGUUUUUUUAAAAUUUCUUAUAGAAAAUAACUCCUGAAGAGCUUACUAAAACAAUUGAUCAAUCACGCUAUUUACACAGCUAAGGCUAAUUCAGUAUCUAUUCAAUUGUUGUUAUCUAGUCACGUGACCCAUCAUAGCUGAUCACCUAUUGCAAUUUUUGUGUUUUUAUUGUUGGAUGUGUGAAUCGAAAUGAGAAACGUCGGUAAGUUAAAAACUAUGUUAAAGGAAAGUGUGAAUAGAGCAUCUUUUAUGCUUUAAAAUCGAUUUUAUUGGAAAGUCACGUGACUCUUCAUAACUGAUGACGUGACACAUUUUAUCUCCCACACUACUGUCUAUCGAGCUCUAAACGUCAAGUAGCAAAGAUUCAGCUAUUUCCCCAUCGUAUUGUGCACUUUUUAUUGGAUUUAUAUAAAUGUUACAAUUCAGCCUCGUUUUCAUGCUGCAGGAGCGAGGGCCUAGACAAAAAACCCGCUUAAUGACUGAUGUCAUAACAUUUGGAGUGGGCAACGGCACAAUUCUUAAUCAGGAUGGCAAGAUGAAGAUUUUAAGCCAUGUUGCCUGCUUCUACUCAAAAUGUUUAGCGAAAAUGAAAAAUGAGCGCCCUGCGUGACAGUGCUUCCUGACUAUAAAAGGUAAAAAGUUUUCGAAAAGACAGCGACACGAUGUUCUACUAGUUUUAUUAUUUUGGCUAGGUGCACUCGAAUUUAAAAUACUGAAAUUUCUAUUUUUCUGUUGCCUUAAUAUUUUCCUUGGCAAUUUUCCCCGAUUUUCAGUACAUAAAUCUUUAAAAACAAAAGUAAACAGCCAAUGAGCGAGGACACCAGUUUCCCUGGUUUAUUUUUGACAAAAAGCAAAGGCAAACAGCCAGUCUGUUACCUUAAGCCACCAGCUUUUAUAAUAAUGAACCUUACAAAAAUUCCUUGAACAGCAAUGCGAUAUUUUUCGUCUAAUACUUCACAGUUGGCGGUUGAGCUUUCUUUAGCAGUGAGCCUCCACUUGCGUACCCCAUUCAGAGAAGUCAUUCCCGGCUAAACUUUCAAAUGAAACCAGUUUUAAGAUGGACAGUAUUUUGAUUUACACUCGUUUGUUGGUAAAUCAAAAGGCACCUUGUUAGCGGUCAACAACUUGCAGAGGGAUUCAACUCCGCGAUACACUCACAUCAGUUCCAUAAAGCAAAUCCUGAGAAGAUAUGAACAACCAUAUGAAUUUUCUGAAUUUCCAUGGCACAUAUUAAGGCAUAUUUUCCUACCAUAAGACCAUAAAACAAAAAAAAAAGACAGCAAAAUCGAUCCUUUUCUCCGCCGACAACAGAUCAUUCAUGAAAACAACCACUCGAGGAAUAAGCGCUUUCAACUUCCGGCGUUUCCGACAGCCAAUCAGAUCUUGUGGCAUUGUUCUAACAGCCAAUCAGCGUUACGGCCAAAAUCUGGCCGUAACAAGCACAAACGUGAGAGAGUUUGUAUCAGGCCCAAUUUUAGCGGUAGCCGUUAGAGAGAAUGUAUGAGAACCGCUAAAAUUGGGCCUGAUCUCAGGUUACCUGCACACUGUCUAUUUUCGUUGUUUUGCUUCCUUGACUUGUUCCUUUAGUCAUUGUUCCUAGUUGUUUUUAUACCCUUCUUCCUCUUUGCCUUUUUUAGUUUUUGUACCAAUAAAACAUGUGUCCAUGACCUUUUCUCUUAGAACCCAGACACAUGGAUGAAUACAGAGACCAUGGCAUGUACCUUAGCUUGGUGUCUUUAUUAACCGUGUUCCUUUGUACUUAUAAAAGGCUCCUUAAUUUAUAGUUCGAUAUCAGUCUUUGCUUUCUCAUUAUCAUGCUCUUACAAUUUUGGCAAAGUUUCCCAAGUUAUACCAGUAAAUGCUUUUUUCAAAAGCUAAAAUGUAAAUCAAAUUUGGAAUGGUUACUUUGACCUCUCUUUUUUGUUAAAAUAGUUUGAGGCAAGCCAAACAGAACAAGAUAAUCACCUGGAAGAGGAACUUUAGGAAUUUUUGAUUGGGGAUGUGCCACUGGGAGCCCGGAACCCUUAGCCUAUUAUUUAAUAACAGAUCCAUUUAAUCAGCCAAAUUUUGCUACCCUAUACUAGGCUUAACUAACAAAAUCCCUCCUAUAACAGAGUUUUCCAUCUAUCAAUGCUUUCUUUGCUAUUAAGCUGAGUUGGAGGUAAAUUUAAAUUUAGAUCUGCCAAUUUCAUUAUUUUUAAGGGCCAAUAAUUAACUUUUUCCUGACUUUCCCAGUCUAGACUGAAAUCUUUUACCAGUAGACCUCAUUCAUGGUACCCACUAUCUUUGCACGGGAUAUUUCAUGGGGCAAACUAGUGAUAAAGUUUGCCAGUACGAGCAGUUGGGGUUGAGUUUGUUAAUUAUUUCUCAAAACAAGACGACAAUUUGUCAUGCAAAAUUUACAGCUUGAGUUUUGAUAAGUUUCACGGCAUUGUUGCUUGCUAUGGGGACAAUUAUGGUUGCUAACGUGUAUAACCACUUCAAAACAAGUAACAAUGAUCACUUCCAUCCAUAAUUUGUCACUAUCCUCUUUAAGAUAAAAAGUCCUUCACUUUCUCUUACAGUCUAGAAUAAACAAAUUCGACUGGGAUUUCUAGUGUUAGCAGAUUUUGUCAUUUGCUUGACCCCGAGAAACCACUUGACAUCACUAUUAUUCAAUCAGUCCUUAAGUAUGUGCCAAGAUGGCAGGUAUUAGGAAUGAGGUCUAUUGUUUACUUUCCUGGAAAAUGAUACCCUAUUCUAGACCCAAACUCUCUGAUUUCUAUGCCGUAUCCCCGACUAAACUGCUUGUUGAACUCAUCCACAAAGAUGGGUGUGGGGAGAGUUGUGUGAGAGGCCAGUGGAACCAAGGACUGCAGCUGAGUGCAAUGCGUAAUGGAUAACCUUGACAACCAUGAGAGUGGUGUCCACCCAGGCAACGUCACACUGCUAAUCAGUGGAACCUAUCAUACUUACCAUAUACUUACCAUAGGGGAGGGAUGGGUAGGGAGCAGAAAAACUCUGGUGACAAUCUACGACAAUGACAGCAAGACGCAAACGUAACGACCUGACCAGCAUAAUAUGUGCAUGCACCAGUAUAAUAGCCCAUAAAACAUGUAUGGCGAUACGCCCCCGUCCUCUGCCCACCACCCAGGGAAUAACCACAAGAAUGUUUGUACAAUGUAGAUAAGGAAAUGACUGAACAACAAAAAUUCAGAACUUUGACUUUGAUGCUGGUUUUCUGUUUUGUUUUUAGAUAGUUCAUUGGUCAAUCGUUUUAUAGAAGGACACGGGAGCAACCGAUACAGGCCAGCUGAUUAUGACAAACUCCAGGCCAUUGCACAACUUAAGAAAGCCGCUGGAAAUAAAACAUUUCACAAGAUUGAAAAGAUUACAAAAGCCAGCAAGGAGAAAAAAGAACAGAACCUCUUGCAACAACAUCAAGCUUGCUGGUCAAAGGAGAAAUUAAGACUUCAUAGUUUACAGCGGAAACUUCAAAGUGACAUUGAUGCACUGAGACCUGGCAGUCCAUUAGAUUACAGUUCAAUAAAAGAAUUUUUCCAAGAUCUGGAAAUUAAUGAAGAAAUUUUAAAUGAAGAUACUCAAGAAUUUAAGAAAAACACUAUACAACCAUUGUGGGACCUUAAAGAAGACUUGCAGUUCUGGCUUGGAGAAAACAGAGACAGGAUCUUGAUGGGUUGGUUCACAAGUUUUCAUUUUUUAGGUCUUUAAAUCCUUGAGUUAUUAAAGACAAAACAUUUCAUUUAACUCAGGGAUUUACAUGUAUUUUUUUUCCUAAUAAUUUUGGUGGUGAUCAUUAUUUUCCUAAAUUCAACUGACUCAUUGUUUGCAUGUACAAUGUAUAACAGGGAGAUAAUUAGUUCCUUUUUCGGACUUGAAGGACUGACAACAUUCAUUGAAUAUCUGAUAAAAACAUUGUCAAACUCUUUUAUUAUAGAUUAUACAGUGGAUUCCCAAUUUUUCAAACCUUUUUGGAAAAAGGAAAUUGGUUAGAAUAUUUAACGUGAAGCUCAAAAAUUGGGGGUAAGAUUAUACUGUUUGACAAGUGAAGUAACUGCUAUGGUUUGAAUUAUCACAAGUUUUGAAAAAUCGGUAUUCUACUCUGUAGAUUACUAUCCAGUGUGGUGCUAAUUAGAAGACAUGAAUCAUUAUGCUUUUUAUCAUAGCAAAGCUCUGUAAAGCUCUUUGUAUAAGUCCAUGCAGAAUACCACGGGUAACAAAAUUUGGUAUCCAGGCAUUCAGCUGAAUAUAUUUGGCCAUACUGUGAUACACCCAUCCGUCCUCACCACAGGGACAGCAAUGUGGAUUGGCAUACUCAAGAUAAUUUAAUUUAACCCCCAAUGUGUCCUACAGCCAUACAUUUUUCUAGAAAAUUGUGUGGUAACUACAUUUUUAAAUAAGAAAAAACUGAAUUUAACGGAAAGAAUAACACCACCCUGACACAAAAUAAUACAAAAAAAUUAGCGAGAAUUACACAACAUUUCAAUAUUAUCAUAUUAUAUUUCAUUUGAUUCUAGGUGUUGCUGAAGAAGAACAUGCAAAUGUCUUGAAGAUUGUAGAAUCUGUGAAGAUGCAACAACGAGUUGUAAUGGAAAAAUUGCAGAUGGAACAAGAACAGCUUGAACAGGAACUAGAUGCCAUAGUGUUGCCUGAAAUGACAGGGUCAGGUGUGGUGUCUAACGUCAUCACAGAGACAGGGAUUCCAGAAGAAGCAUAUGAACUAGAGUGCCCUGAUCAACAACUGAAGAUGUCUGUGUUAGAGGAGUUUAUUUUGCUGGACAAUAAAUAUGAAGCUCAGCUAGAAUAUCUAAAUAUCAAGUAUCAGUAUGCAAAGCAGUAAGUACAUUUUCAAAGGACUCGAGACAGUGUUUUUAAUUUUCUUUUAAUUUAUGAUGAAUUUGGUACACCUUACCUUUGCUUCUAACAGUCAUUCUUGACUUAUAGGUUUCAUCCAAGUAGUAGAACCUUUUGUCUCAAAAGCAAAAUUUAUACACUUAAGUCUAAUGACUAGGUACGUGAUUCAGAAUGAAAAAUACAUUGUAGUUUUUAUGUUUCUCCUACAAUCAGUCCUUUCUCCCAAUGAAAGCCUUGGGAAAAUUAAUUAAAGCUGAUGGUUUCCUGACUAGAGGAAAAAGACAUUAACUGAAGAGCUUUGUCAAAAAUUAAUGUUUUACUUGGUGCCAAAAAUGAAUAGAUACUAUUCAAUAUACUGUAUCUAUAGGGUGCAAAGAAAGUCAGUUUUACAGCCUGCCAUUCAGGCAAGCUGUAGCUAGUAUGUACUAGCCCACAAGUCAUUUCAACUAGCCCCAAAACCCUUUUUGAUUAUAAGGGUUGAUGACAAUCCUUCUGUAAUUUGAAUUUCCCCAAAAAACAGCACUUGGUGGCCGUCGGGCAAUUUAAAAAUCACUAGCCCGAUAGCAAAAUCCAUUAGCCCCGGGCUAUCAGACAUGACUUUCUUUGCACGCUGAUCUAGCAUACAUAAGCAAUGACUGCUGAAUUUUAUCUACAGUAUAGAUUUGAAUUUAGUUUUAAGUUAGGUUCUGUUGUUACUGACAAGCCAAAUGUCAGAUGGAGGUUCAAGUAAUAUAAAUAAGGAUACUGCAGCUAACCCUGCUUCAAUUCCCAGCUGGUAUAUGAAUGAUGGUUACUUACUGUUAGUCCUAGAGACUUCUCAUCCAUUGAUCUAACACUUAAUUAACUCACUAAGCUCCAAUAUCCAUAUACAAAUUCUCCAUACUGAUCUCCAAACAUAUUAAUGAAGAACUAGUUGAGAGAAUUAAUUUUUGUUUAAACAUGCAUCAAAGCAUUUUCACCGAGGUGUUCUUUUAAUUAUUGGAUUAUGCAUUGAUAAUCUUGUGAGGAAAAUAUUGAUUUUGGUCAAUCUUGGGAUUUAAAGGGUUAUUGUACUUGAAUGUGUAUGUCACAGGUCAAAGUUAAAUUCAGGUUAAAUUUUUUUUAACCUAUGUUGAUUCUCUAUUUGCUCUAUUUGUCUUCUAGCCCUAAUUAUUCACUGUGAAUUUGGGCUAGAAGACAAAGGGAAUUGCAAAUCAACCUGGGUUAUUUGACCUGUAACAUGUACAAGAGCUUAUGUCUUGAUUGUUUUGUUUGUGAGGUCCAAUACAGGAGGAUGGUCAAAACAAGAUCAUUUCCACUUUGUGCAUUUGAUAGAACAGUACCCAGCUGAGCUGCCUAACAGAAGAAUGCUUUACAUGGACAGAAUGCUAAGAGAAAUGCCUCAUAAAACUCGCACUAAGCUGGUAAGUCCAGCAUUUAAAGAAAUUUGAUGACCCAUUAUUUAUAGCAGGCUAUGUUUUGCUCUGAAAAUUAUGACUUUUUAUAUAUUAAAUGGUAUUGUAAUUCUAUAGCUAGUAAUUGACUACUGGUCUUUCGGUUUACCGGCAAUCAACAAAUUUCUGGAAAUACAUUAAUUUAGUUUCAUCCAAUGAUAAGUCCCCAGGUUUUACUAUAUAUUUUUUGGCUUUACUUCCCCAUUUUUAUAGGUUUUACUAUGUUAGGAAUUUUCUGCUUGGGGGUUCAACAUUACUGAAGCCCCCGACAACCAACCCUAGAUCUGCCCCAGAAUACAGUUUAGUGUGAUUGCUCUGCGCUUGUACUAUGAUAUAAUUUCAGGUUGAACAUGAAGAGUGGUUGCUUGCUCACAAGUUUUACCAGGAGCAGUUUCACAGCACACUUCGUGCCUGGGCUCAUGACAGAGAAGACUUGCUGGUUAAAACCAAGGCAACUUUUGCUGAUGCAUGGGCAGCUUAUGAAGAGGCAGAAGAAAAAGCUAAAUCAAGAAAGAAACAAGAAAACAUAUGCCAAGAGCUCUACAAAAAGGUAAAACUUUCACAUCUGGGGAAAGAUGUAAUGAAGAGGUUUCAUUAGGUUAAAUUAUCUAGCGGAUUUAAUUCUUAUGAAAAAGUGACCAUUUCAGACAUUUUCCAUGAUCAUAACUGGUCCAUAAUCAUUUAAGAUCUGGCUUUUUUCUCACCUGGAGUGGGGAAACCUCAGUCUUAAAUAUUAUUCUGUAUAAAGUAUAUGUAGAAUCUUAAUUUGUCUCUUCCAUUUCCCACACUUGUACCAGGUGCUAUUAAUAGUAGCAGCAGAGGUGCCAACAUCUGGAGACUACGAACUGAAUAUUGAAUCUCUUUUGCAUUAACGCCUCCACAAAAUAUUAAUGACCCAGCCACCCACCCCCCCCCCAAUAAACACAAAUCACACAAUUGGACCCAGUCCCUAAAUUAUAUGGUUAUGCAUCAGUCAAAUCCAACUGCACCCAUCCUCUAUGUUUUAAUAGUUAUACAGUGGAGCUUACAAAGUCUAUGUCUCUGGAAUUUGAAUUCCACCUCCAAUUUUCCUGUGGCUCCCCAUCGACUGAGCUGUCAGUUUUCUGCCAAUCAGCGAGAGGCAGAAACGAGCGCAAAUGUAAACAAACAUUGAAAAACACGUGCCAAGAGUAAUGACGUCAUUACUUAUAUGAAAUGUCAUCUCUGCCAAUCAGCAUUUUGCAUCGAGACAUAGUUGCAAGCUCUCCUUCCUUUUCCGGCCCCGCCAUGACACUGACACUCUGGGAUAAUCUGGCACAGUUGGCAUAUAAUUAUGUAAAUUAACGUAGUUUAAUUUUCUUUUGUUCUGAGGUGCUUGCAUUCAGAGAACAAAAGCUUGAGGCACUGAAGCUACAAACCAUAAUUGCUGCAAAACAGCAAGAACAGGAAGAGCAGGCAUUGAGAGCUGCUGAAGAGAGAGAACGGAAACGGAGAGAUCAUCAACACAAACAAGUAUGACUUAAUUCUCUUUGUUUUCUUUUUUAAAACAUAAAUAAUAGAAGCACUGAUUUGAUGCAAUCUAUUGGUUCUUCUUUGAGGUUCAAAAUAUAUUGUUUUUAAUACUCUAUCAUAUUACAGCCUUUCAAAGAAAUUAUGAGGACUUUAUUUUCUUUUAUACUUUAGACAAUACACCAUUUUCAUCCAUCACUCAAGUCUCAGAGUACAGCAAAAGGUGUUUUAAAAAUCUUCUCUCUGGAGAGUGUUUUUGAAAAGAUGCAUUUUCAUUGACCAUUUUUAUUGGAUAUAUGUGGACAGUUUAGGCCAAAUUGAAGGGAAAAAUCUCCAUUUUCAAACAAAAAUGGAUAUGUGUGGAUUGCACUGACAUGUUUUUUAUAUACGAUUAUUAAUCCAUCGAUAGAUCCAAGAAUUUAGGGAACAGAAAGAAAAGGAAAGAGAAAUUUCAGCUGAGGCAGAAAGAGAGAGACUUGCAGAAAUACAGGAAAAAAUGGCAAAGCAGGCAAUCAUAGACCAUGAAAGGUACUGACUAAUAAUUCAACAAGUUACAACAUAUUUAUUACAGCCCCCUAUUAAUUAGCGGCCAUCCUCUAUUAAAUGGCCAGUGAUAUAAUCAAAGUCCAAAAAAAAUAUUGUAGGAAAAAUUGGAAAUUAAACCUCUACUAAGCAGCCACCUCUAUUAAACAACUGCAGCACCUUUUAGGCCAUCUCAAUGAAAGUUCAUACAUUGUUGCCACCAGUAUUAAGUGGCCAUCAAGCCCUUGAUUCACGUCUUAGUUUAGCUUCAUUUUAAGAACAUGAUGAACGAAAAUACAGUCUGAGAUAGAAGGUGCUGAUUGACUGUGGACCAAUAAUAUUAUAAUGCUUCUUUUGUUGCACAUUUGUUUAAGAAAUAAAGCGAUGUUUCUGCUUAAGAUUAUGCUGAUUUAUGAUGAACCUGUAUUGAGCGGCCAACCUCCAUUAAGCGGCUACUUCCUGACCAGUAUCCUGAAGGAGGCCGCUUAAUGGAGGUUCAACUGUAUUUAUGAAGUUAUAACAUUGUCGUGAUCAAGCCUUUCAGGAGAAGAAGAAAUAUCUGGCUCUGUAUACAAGCUAGAACAACUUAGCUUUAUAUUCUACAUGUGAACAGUACAUGUUCUCCUUAUCGGGCAGUAACCAGUAAAAUUUACUGUCUGAAGCAACACUUCUUACUGCCUGCAACCGCUUGAAGGUUUAGUAAAAUUAAAUAUUAAGUUGUUUUAAAAAAUUCACAAGUUGCAUGUGAUCCGAUCUGAUCAAGGUAAUGAAUGAAUAUAUGGAAGUGUAAGACAGAGUAAAAUUAUUGGAAUCAAACAUUUUAAAUGUAAAAUAGGUUGUAAAAUGAGGGGAUGAAUGACAUUUCAGGGAAUGUAGCGGGUAAAUUACACAUUGAGGUCAAAGCCAUGUCCCUCACUCCACUGCCCCCUCCCCACAAAAAAGUGCCCCUCUGGUACAUAUUUUUUGCCUUACCGGCCAGGAAUGGUCCCUUUAGGCUAAGCUAAAAUUUUGGGAGAACACUGUUUCAAUAUUUAUCAUUUAUUCGGGAAUUAAAUUUGCAGCAAGAAAUAUUUUGAAAUGUUAUUGUUAGUGAUCAUUCUUAGGGGUGUUCAAACUCAAAAAGUAUAUUAUUUCAAUUUUAUAAAUUAACAUAAGUGUUUUAUAGGUAACUUAAAAAUAAUAGAAAUAAUUUUACAGUAAAUAAAAAUAUUAUUGUGUUUAAAAGUGAAAUAGAAUUUAUAAUUUAUCAUAGUGCUAUUUACAUGUGUGUUUUUACAGUGUAUGGUGAUGCUUCAGAUUGCCUACACCAUACCCAGUUUUAUUUUUACUUUAUAUUGAUUUUAUUUCUUUUGCUUUCCAGGGUUAAGUAUCGUGAGCAACAGUUAAAAUUGCACAAUGAGGCAAAGCAAAAAGCAAAAGAGUUGGCUCUUGAACAAGAAAUAGAAAAAGAGAAAAGACUUGACCGACUCAGACAACAGGUAAAAUAAACAUUAUGAUCCCCUCUUUAAAAAAUCAUGGUAAUUUUAAAGUUUUCAAUUUGAUGACACCGUGCACUUUUUCAUUUUAAAGGUACAGGUUCAUGUGGAAGAUGAUCCUGCAAGAAUUUUUAAAGCAACUGAGGUUGGUACCAAAUGAUAUAACAUUUUUCGUUUAUGUUAUCUUUGUUUAACAGUUAACGAUUUUAGUGAUAUAUACAUACAUUUUAUUUGUAGUUUAAGAUUGAAGUACAACAAUAUUGUAACAUGCCCACAGGUAGCUAUGCUAAUCUGGGUGGUUCAUGUUUUCAGGAAAUAAAUACAACUAAAAGUGACAAGAGACCUAAAAAACUAAAUGAAAGAUUUCUUAAAGUUACAGGCAUUUCAUUCCAUAUUUUUGUUCCAAUUCUAGAAAAUGAGUUCACUUGAAUUGAGAGUCUUGAACUUUGUGUGUAAAAGUUAUUAGAGGCAGAGGAUCAGGUAUUCUAAGAAUGAAAUAUCUUGAAAGAGAUCUUGAAUGUUGCUAGGAGCAUUUAAAAAACACUGCCGUCAAUAAGUAAAGGAAUUGUAUGCUGAUUUUGCUCAGAAAAAUAGAUGAAGCGAAGAACUCGCUUUUGAAGCUUAAGAAGCUUUUCAAAGUAAGAUUUGCAUGCUUGGCCCCAGGCCAUCAAACCAUACGUUAAAUAAGGAGCAGCAAGGAAUUAAUAAAUAGUUAAAAGAGUGUGUCUUGGCACCAAAUUCCAUAGUUUACAGAUCAAUCUUACAGUUCGGCUCAUUUUAAUAGCUACAAGCUGAGAGCAGAAUCUUACCUGAGUAUGACUUUCCACAGGCAUCCCAAGCACGCAUGGCCAGCAUCUACGAGGAAGAACUUGAUCUUCAGCAUCCUCUUUUCUCUGUGCAUGGAUAUGAUGAAAAGAAGGUCAGUAAAGUAAUUUCUAAACAGAACUGUGCAAUUUUUUUCGACAAAGUAAGGAUUAUAAUUCAAUUUUGAACCGCAUGUCCAUCUUGCUUCUCAGAAUACAAAAUUGAAAUGUUUCAAGAGGUGGAUUUGAAGUGUGUAUGAAGUUUCAUGAUCUUGUUCAUCUUCACCAUCAUAGUAAUUUUCAUCAUAAACUGUGCCAAUAUGACCUUUGAGAAUAUCAAAUUGAAUGUUAUUGUCAUCAUCAUGAUCUACCACAGAGCCAAUAUAAUACUUUAGGUAUAAUUGUCAUUAUCAUUAUCAACAUUACCAUCAGCUGGUAUCAACAACUUUAUCAUCUUGUGCAACCUUACUGUAAUCAGAUCUCCUUGUUCUCAUCAUCACCAUUAUUAAAUAAUUAUAAUGCCUCAUGUGCAAAGUCGUGCGCCUUUGAUCCCCUACCAUUGUCUAUUCUGUCCUUCUGUUUGGAUGAACUGCUCCCUGUUAUUAGGAAAAUUGUCAACUUGUCUCUUGAGUCUGGCAUCUUUGCAGAGGACUGGAAGAAUGCUUUAGUUCGUGAACCCCUUGCUUAAGAAAGCAGGACUCAAACCAAUUAACAAAAAUUUUCGACCGCUGAGCAAAUUGCAGGUUACAUCAAAGAUUACGGAAAAGUCCGUGGCUAUCCAAUUACAAGAUCAUAUGACAGCCAACAACUUAUUUCCUGUCCUCCAAAGCGCAUAUCGGCAGAAUCACAGCACUGAGAGGGCAUUAUUAAAAGUUAAAAACGAUCUUCUGCUAAAUGUGUACAAAGGUCACGUCACAUUGCUUGUUAUGUUAGAUCUCAGCGCUGCGUUUGAUACCGUAGAUCACGGUUUUCUUCUGCACAGGCUGCAGUCCAAGCUCGGGAUAAGGCUUUAUUAUGGUUUAAAUCUUAUUUGGCGGGAAGAACGCAGCAGGUCUCAGUUAACAGAUCGCUCUCUGAGAAAUUUAAUCUGACUUGUGGGGUCCCACAAGGUUCUUGUUUGGGCCCCGUCUUAUUUACCAUCUACGCGAGUUCGCUGUUUGACAUCAUGAAAUCUCAUCUGCCAUCCGUUCACACCUAUGCGGACGAUACGCAGCUAUAUAUAUCAUUUAAUCCCGUUGAUAAGACCAGCGAGGCUGAUGCUGUGAUUGCGAUUGAGAACUGUAUUCGUGACGUUCGCGCAUGGAUGAGAGAUGAUAAGUUAAUGCUAAAUGACGAUAAAACUGAAUUCUUGAUCACUGGCACGGAACGACAGUUAUCAAAGGUGUCCGUUGACAAGAUCAAGAUCAGCCAAGCUGAGGUAUCGCCUGCCUCUUCAGUGCGCAAUUUGGGCACCUGGUUUGAUUCUCAUCUGGACAUGUCGACUCAUGUGACUGAGACUUGUGCUAGCACAUUUUAUUAUUUGUACAAUAUCCGGCACAUUAGGAAGUAUUUGUCUCGUGAGUCCACCGAGAGGCUUGUUCACGCGUUCAUCACAAGCAGGCUUGACUACUGUAAUGGUUUAUUGUACGGUGCUCCUGAGUAUCAAAUUAAGAAACUUCAAAGAGUCAUGAAUGCCAGUGCUUGAUUGGUUUACUGCGCACCUAAGUAUUGUCACGUUACUCCUUUGCUAAGAGAACUCCACUGGCUACCAGUUCGCUUGCGCGUAGAUUUUAAGAUUCUCCUUGUUACAUUUAAGAUUCUUCACGGUGUUGCGCCUAGCUAUCUUAAUGAUCUUGUCUCUGUCUUACCCGACUCACGUUACCAACUACGCCGUAACAAUAAUGGUAUAUUAUUAGAAAGACCUCGGCUAAGAACGAAGAAGACUUUGGGAGAUCGCGCGUUAUCAAUGGCUGCCCCCUUUUUAUGGAACAGUCUUCCUCUGCCAAUAAGACAGGAAACAUCAAUCAACUCUUUUAAAUGCUCUGUUAAAACAUAUUUAUUUAAAAAGGCUUUUAGUUAGAUUAUUUAUUUAUUUAUUUUUAUUUAUUAUUGUAAUUUUACCGGGUAAUUUUACUGGUUUUUAAUUUAGUUAUUAAUAAUAAUUAUUGUAAUGCGCUUUUGAGUAUUUUUAUAGAAAAAGCGCAAUAUAAGUAUUAAAUAUUAUUAUUAUUAUUAUUAAUGAUGACAUGGUAUUCGAGGUACAAGAUCUGAUGAUCCAUUGCUAUAUCUAAGUAAUGUUUUCGAUGUUUCCUACUGUUGUGGAAACUAAUGUUGGUUAGAUUUUGUGUUGUGGUUUGUCUGUUAUUGUUCAGCAUCUUUUCAACCGUCUGUAGCAAUCAUUGACUAAACAUCUUUAUUACUUUCAGAUGGCAGGAGACACCAGGCUAAAAGUUGAAAGAGCCCUGAGAGAUGCAGGGAUUCAUAACACUGAUUAUGCAAGAAAAGUCAUGGCCUCUAUAAAGCCACCUCAAGUACCUAGGAAAGAUCAACAUUCAACUCUCUUUAAGUAUGAUUACCAACAAUAA